CUCUCUCUUCAAAACCAGUUGCUACUUGCUCCUUCACCAAACUUUCUCUGUUUUGCUGGGUUUGUGAUGGCGCGUGGAAGAAAGAAGCGGGAUUUGCAGGAAGGAUGUGGUCCUAAGGGGGAAGGAGUAGUUGGAGAAGCAGUUGAGCCUGUGACGAAGAAGGAUCCUGGGGCUUCGGUGGAGAAGGCCGAGAAAGGGGAUGCUUCUGUUAAUGGAGAUGGGGUUUCUAUGGGAAGUGGGCCGAGGACUCGGGGGUUGAAGAGGCUGAACUAUGCUGAAAUCAUGGGCGAAGAUGAUGGUGAGGUUUUGGUGAAGAAGCGUCGGAGGAAGAAAAGCAAGCUAUCUACUGGUGAAGAUUAUGUUGUUCAGAAGAAUGAGAAGGUUGAGGAUAACAAUGGGUUGGCGUCAGAACAAGGAAUUUUAGAUUACGCAGAUAAGCAGAGGAUACUGGAUAGGCCAAUAAAGAAGCGUGGGAGGAAGAGAAAGAACUUAUCGGCCGAGAAAGGCCAUGGAGAAAGUUGUGGUGCUCAGCAGGAUGAGAAAGUUCAGGAAAUUAAUGGGUUCGAUCCAGGGCAAGGCAUUGAUGGCAAUGCAAAUAAGGGGAAGAUGCGGGGAAGGCCAAAGAAGAAGCGUGGUAGAGUUGGAGUUGCAAACAAGGUUACGAAACAGGCGGUUUUGGAAAACAAAAAGAAGAACAAUGGGGCAGAGAGGAAGGAUUUUUAUGGAAGCAACAGUAGGACAGGUUAUUCAUUGAGGGCUACAGAAGUUCCGAACCAAGAUAUUGCUAAAGUAAAUAAAUAUGAUAAAUGGAUCGAAGAGGAGUCCUUAAUGUGUCAUCAAUGUCAGAGGAAUGAUAAAGGCGAGGUUGUUCGGUGCAAGAGUUGUAAGAGAAAACGAUAUUGUGUUCCUUGCCUGAAAAGAUGGUAUCCAAAUAUGGAGAAGGAUGCUGUUGCAGAGGCUUGUCCAGUGUGUCGUGGAAAUUGCAAUUGCAAAGCAUGCUUACGAUUGGACGUGCCUGUUAAGAAUUUGAAGAACCUAGAAUUUACUGUCAGUGAAGACGAGCAGUCUGAGCACUAUAAAUAUGUGCUGCAAACAAUUCUUCCAAUUUUGAAGCAACUUAAUGAAGAACAAAUGACUGAAAAGGAAAUGGAGGCCAAAAGACAAGGGUUAUUGCAUCCGCUUUUAGAGAUAAAGCAAGUAGAUUGCCCUAUUGACGAACGUAUGUAUUGUGACAACUGCAAGACUUCCAUAUAUGAUUUUCACAGAAGUUGUCCUAGAUGUUCCUAUGAUCUUUGCCUUAUCUGUUGCCGGGAGAUUCGUGAUGAAAACAUCUGGGGAGUUGAUGAAGAAGUGAUUAUGAAGUAUAUUGACCGUGGCUUUGACUAUAUGCAUGGUGGAGAGGGUAAGGAAGUGAAAUUACCUGCUGAGACGUGCCCUGUGGAUCAUAUGAAGUCAAAAUCUGGGUGGAAAUCAAAAGAAGAUGGUAGCAUUCCUUGCCCCUCAAAAGACAUGGGUGGUUGUGGUCAGGGAAUUCUAGAAUUGCGAUGUGUUUUUUCAGAAAAUUUCAUUUCAGACUUGGUCAAAAAAGCAGAAGAAAUAGCCAGAAGUUGCAAACUUAUGGAUGUGGCUGCAAUAUCUUUACAACGGUGUUUGUGCUUCAACUCUGUGGGAGAAGUCGACUUCAGCAAUGAUAGGUUACGAAAAGCGGCGUCUCGAGAAGAUUCUGAUGACAACUAUUUGUAUUGCCCGAGGGCCCAAGAUAUACACCAGGGGGAUUUGAAACAUUUCCAGUGGCACUGGAGCAGAGCUGAGCCCAUACUUGUCAGUAAUGUGCUUGAAUCUGCAUCUGGUUUAAGUUGGGAACCAGAGGUCAUGUGGCGUGCAGUCCGUCAGUUGAAACAUGCCAAACAUGAUAGGGAGUUGGAAGUUAAGGCUAUUGAUUGCUUGGAUUGGUGUGAGUGCAAUAUCAAUAUCCACCAGUUCUUUACAUGGUAUAUGCAUGGUCGUGUUGAUCAGCGCUUGUGGCCCUUGAUACUAAAACUGAAAGACUGGCCUCCAUCUAAUUUGUUUGAGGAACGCUUGCCACGUCAUGGUGCUGAGUUCAUCUGUUGCUUGCCCUUUAAGGAAUAUACACAUCCACGCAAGGGUCUUUUAAAUAUUGCAGUCAACUUGCCUGAGAAAUCUCUUAAGCCAGAUAUGGGCCCCAAGACUUAUAUUGCUUAUGGAAUUCCUCAGGAGCUUGGCCGUGGGGACUCUGUCACUAAGCUUCACUGCGACAUGUCUGAUGCGGUAAAUGUUUUGACACAUACUGCCAAGCCGACCUUUAAAGCUGAGACACUCGAGAGUAUAGAGAAGUUGAAAAGGAAGCACUUUGAGCAAGACCAAAAAGAAAUCUUUGGGGAUUUUCUGCCUGUGGAUGAAAAGGUCAAGAUUAACAUUUCUGGCGGUGGGUCUUGUACACUUACUGCUAAUGAUAAAGAAUUUAGCGGUGAACCUGGGGAUCAGAACACCUUUGUAACCGUUACAGAACCGGCUAAUCAUGUUGCUCAACUCGCUGGUGAUUCAAGGAUGGAUGGGGCAGGCUUUUCAAGGGGCUCAGUGCUGGAAAAGACUCAAGUGCCAAAAGUGGAUGAAGCUAACAAUGGUGGGAGUUUUCUUACAAGUUCUGGAAAUAAUUUGGAUGGGUUAGAAGCUUCUCAGAGUGGUGCCCUUUGGGACAUCUUCCGAAGACAAGACAGUCCUAAGCUGCAGGAGUAUCUUAAGAAGCAUUUCCGGGAAUUCAGGCACAUCCAUUGUUGUCCAUUGCCGCAGGUUGUUCACCCUAUACAUGACCAGACCUUUUAUCUGACUGUGGAGCACAAGAGAAAGCUCAAGGAUGAGUAUGGAAUUGAACCAUGGACAUUUGUCCAAAAUCUUGGGGAUGCUGUCUUCAUUCCUGCUGGCUGUCCGCAUCAAGUCAGAAACCUAGAGGUGUGGCCUCUCAUAUGGAGAAAACUUUUUGUAAUUUGGGGAGGAAACAAAGUUUCAUCUUGUUGGUUGGGAUAAAGUUUGUUCCCCGAUAUCUUGUGGUGGUUUGGGGGUGCGUAAUUCGAGGGUCUUCAACAAAGCACUCUUGGGAAAAUGGUUGUAGAGAUAUUAUCAAGAAGGUGAGGGUUUGUGGAGAGAAGUCAUAGAUUCAAAAUAUGUGAGUAUAGGUGGGCUGGUGUUCUAAUGAAGUUAAGGGGACAUGAUGUGAGGUUGUGAAAAAAUAUUCGCUCUAGAUGGGGGAGGUUCUCCAAAUUUUUCAGAUUUGCUGUUGGAAGAGGUCAUUGUGUUUAUUUUUGGCUGAUGUUUGGUGUGGUGAAAGGGCUCUUAAGCAUGUUUUUCCCAUGCCCUACCAGAUUUCAAGGGAUAGAGGCAUGGUGGCUGAUUUAUUGGUGUUUUCCAUUGGUUCUGUCCAUUGGAAUGGUAGUUUUUGAAAGUGGCUCAUGAUUGGGAAUUCGAAAUGUUUGCUGGUUUUUUUGACUCAUUGAAUGCUAUGUCGUUUGGCAAUCUGUUGGAGGAUAGGAUGAUUUAGACUCUUGGUGGAAAUAACAAGUUUUCGUUGCGUUACUUCUAUAAGGCCCUCUUGGGAUUCUUUAAUGAUCAUUGUUUUCCUUGAAAGGCUAUUUGGAAUUCUAAGGCACCUCCUAAGAUUGCUUUCUUUAUAUAGACUGCAUCUCUUGGGAGAAUUCUCACAUUUGACAAUUUAAAGAAACACGGUCUUAUCAUUUAUGGAUUGGUGCUUUUUGUGCAAGAAAGAUGGGGACUCAUUGGAUCAUCUUUUGUUACAUUGUGAAGUGGCCCGGUGUUUAUGAAAUGAGAUCCUUAAUUGGAGCAGGCUGGCAUGGGUUAUGCCUGUAAGAGUUAUGGGUAUUUUGAAGUGCUGGACAAGUAUUAGGGGAAAUGUCCACAUUGUUGCUGUGUGGAGAAUGAUCCCUCAUUGUAUUAUAUGGUGUAUGUGGAUGGAGAGAAACAAGAUGUGCUUUGAAGAUAAGGAACAUUCUUUGGAUGAGCUGAAGAGAUUCUUUUGUAGUACUUUAUUUUCUUGGGCUUCGGCCAUUACUUGUAACCUGGACAAUUUUCAUGAUUUGUCUCUCAUUAGUGCUUAGUGGUAAUUAGGCAUAUUUGAUGUAUACUCCCUGUGUACUUGGAUUAUGCCUUUUUGAACAAAUUGUCAAGAUUAAGAUUUUGAGAGAAAA